GGGAAUGCUUUGGAUGUUUCCUUAAUUGUAUCGUUUGCUCAGCAGUUAUAUUUUGUUAUUUUCUUAUUUGGGUUAUUUUUCGAACUGGUUGUUGAGUUGAGAUGCCAUGUGACUCUAAAGUAAUUGUUAACCAUGUGCAAGUGUGGAAAUUUUAGUAGAUGUAUCUAAUCUGUGUCAUUUCGUGUUUCCGGAAAUGGUAGAGGGUGGGUUGGUAAUUGGGUUUAUUGAACAACACAUGUCGAAGCAUGUUGCAGACGCACUCGUGUCUGUUUGUUGUGGUCGCCUGCCUACUCAUAUCGAAAGACCAGUAUACUACUAUCUUUAAAAAACAAAUCUUUAUGCAUUUUCAGUCGGUGAAAAUAAACUACCCUGCUUGAAUACUGAGACACCGUGGGGCGGUUCGGGGUAGCUUAUGGAAGUGAUGUUUGUUAUCAUGGUUUACAAGGCUAGCUUAUUGAACGUGUGCUCUAGUAGUGUAGUUACGUGCUUUUAGACUAGCCAUCAAAGGCACACAUUGUCCGUCUGAUCUCUGGUCAAUUGAACAUGAUACAAAACUCUACGACUGAAUGAUUCUUUAGGAACUCAUCAAAAAAGUGCUUUUCUAACAAAAUGUCAGAUUCAGAGGACUCCGGUCCGGAGUUAUUAGAAUGCUCGGACAUACAGCGCGGGGCAAAACUUAUCUACGAGAGAGACGGUGCCUUUGUGGCGCUUCAGCCUCCUGAUGUCAUUUAUGAGAGGUGGAAUAAAAUUCCCAUCAGCGGGAAGAAGAAGGUUGCCGAGUUGAUGAAUGUGGCCGCUUUCUGGUACCAUAUUGUACUAUCACGCCAGGAAUGUCACAGAAUCACCCGUUGGGCUGUGCAAGUGGGCUUUAUAGACUCCAAUGUCAGCAAUGACUUGAGUCUGAAGAAAUUGCUUAAAAUAGAGAUAUUGGAAGCAGUCCUCAGAGCAAUGGAGAAAGGAUUUCUACGAGAUGACCAAACGAGGCACAUGGUCUGGAUAAGCAACAAGUUCAACUUGCACUCGCCGGACGUCCUUAACGACGCGCUGUUAUGGCUGGAGCGCACAGGUGAGCCCCGUAUCCGCCAGAGAGUCCUGGAGCUGGGCCACCAAGGCAUUGUCUACACCGCCCUGCAGAUGGUCUUCUCAGAGUGUAAGACAACAUAUGCCCACCAUACACAAGCCAUGGGGGUUGAUAAGAAGAACAAGAUCAAGGAGCUUAGCAGUGGUCCAAGCCAAUGCUUUAUUGAGAAAAGUGAAGACAUGAAAAGUAAAGGAAAUGAUCACUUUCAAAAGAAGAAAUAUGAGUCCGCUGUCAAGUAUUACACCAAAGCCCUUAAAUAUCAUCCUGAAAACCAUAUAAUCUAUGGAAACAGAGCAUUGUGCUAUAUACGCAGUGAGAAAUACCUGAAGGCUGUUGGUGAUGGGAAAAGGGCUACAUUGAUUAAACCGGGAUGGUCAAAGGGUCACUACCGCUUCUGUGAGGCCCUGUUCAACCUUGAGGAACACAGACGGGCCUUGGACAGCAAUAUAUUGGCCCAAAGUCUGUGUAGGGAGGACACAGAUGGGAUGAGAGACCUCCAACAGCAGUAUGCCAAGUUUUCUAUUGAGAUUGAAGAAAUCAAAGCUGAGAAAAAACAACAAAUCAAGAAGUCCCCAAGUAACAGACCAAAUAGUGCCACCAGAACAGAUUUGGAAGAAGAUAAAUCACAGGGUGUAAAAUCUACGAGCAAGACAGAACCUCAGAGCACCACUAAAGCCCUACAGAAAAAGAGUCUGGGAGUUGAGAGGGACACUCGGGCACAUACAGUGAAGAAUGAAGGGGAUACAUAUUCAGCCGAUACAACUAAUGGGCUUAAAACAAAAACGGAUACUGCUGAAAAAAAAAGUUACAGAUUGGAGCACAACACCACAGAGAAACACAAAUCCAAGGGCAGAAGCCAUGAGCCAAAGGACAAGCUGUCCCCUCAGGCGGUGGGCAGCAGCAGCCAGUAUGAGGCAGUGCGGUCUGCCGUGCAGGACGCCUGCAUUGCCCUGACCGACCAGCGCGGCCGCAACGCUGAGCAGGCCUUCUCCAGGGCCCUGGGCGUACUGGCCUUCAGCACAGCCAAGGAUCUCGGUUUGUCAACUAUUGACCAAAUAUUGUUGAUUUAUGGCCGUGCAUUAGCGCUUGUGGAGAUUGGCCAACCUGAGGAACUUGCUGAGGCUGAAAGGGAAUUUGAGAAGAUCAAAUUGUUUGAAGAGAGAACAUUUCAGUGCCUGGUGUAUUUUGGCAUUGGAAAGAUGUAUCUGAAGUGGAACAGAUAUCCAAAAGCUCUGGAACAGUUUUCUUAUUCUUUCCAGAUGGUAAAAAAGCAGAUAACACCUGGUAAACUGUCUUGGCCCACAACAAAGGAUAUUGUUAAAGACACACAACCAGACUAUUUAAAGGGUAGUCUGGAGACUUCUAUUGAGAUGUGCAAGUUUCCCCCUCAACCAGAUGCAAUUUGCCGGUAUUCCAAUUGUGCUAGCCAUGCAAAACUGGAAAUCUUCUUUACGGAUCCAGAUUUUAAGGGUUUUAUUCGUAAUGUUUGCUGCCAAAAUUGCGUUGUUGAGUACCAUAUUAGCUGUUGGAAGACGGUGAAAACCACCUCCUUCUCUGAUAGGAAUGAAAAGGAAUUCCUGCUGGACAUGUGCUUUACACCUGACUGCAGGGGUGUCAUCUGUAAUAUUCAAAUCUAUGGUUCAACAGGCAUUUUGAAGUGUAAGUUUGAGGCACCUGUCACAAAACCUAUGGGUCCAGUAAAAGUUAAAGUAAAUCAGAAAUGUACCAGUCUCAAGAAGUUGAAGUCCAAAGAGGAUCGUAAACUCAGGAGGAAGCAACACAAACGAGCAAACUCUCAGACUCAACCAGACCAGAAUGACCAAACAUCUUUGGAGAAGAAUGACAACACCGCAGUGGAGCCCGAAGAGAAAGCUCCCUCUUCUACAUGGCUGCUAUGCAGGGACCACAUCCUCCUGCAGAUCAAUGAGAACCGUAAGCUUCUCCAGGACGAGAACAGCCACAACGUAGCUGCCCUACUGAGGAGCCUGAAGCCAUGGAUGGACCUGGACCACCAGAAGGGCAGCGCGCUGGUGCCAGGGGCCAGCGACAGGCCCCAGCCUGAGAGCCUGUGGGAGGUGGCAGAGCUGCUGAUGGAAAGGAAGAACCGGGUGUGGGGUCGUGUGUUUAUCCACUCCCUCAGCGGCAGCCCUAACACCAGCCCCAGGCUGCACGACUGGGCCCUUCAGCUGGACAACGCCGGCAUGAAAGCAGCAUGCGUGUUCAUCGAGCGACAUGCUGAACACCUAGAGCAGCUGGACCUGUCCCCCCUGCUGCUGUUCUCCCCGCUACAGGACAUGUUCAUAGAGAAGUUCGGCACUAGGCCCGAGUUUUUCAGCCGUGGGGGCCUGACUGUGACAGAGUACCUGAAGCAGGCCCCUCAUCAAGAGAUGAGACUGUUUAUCUGGACUCUGGAGGAGCACAGAGAGCAGUAUGCAUCCUGCCACUCAGUAUUGGAUGAAUAUUUUGAAAUGAUGGAUGGCCUUUGUGUAGUCAUUAGAAAGACAGAGAAUGACAAUCUAAAUAAUUCUCCUAGUAAGAAUAAAAACAGAAACCGCAAAAGAAAACAAAAAGAAUCUAAGAACAUCAUUUACAUGGGAGUCAGAAGUACUAGAGAAGAGGAUGAGGAGGAUUUCUUUGACGAUGAGAAUUCUUUAAUGAUCCUUGACCCUAGUGAUCCAUUUAGUGUACCCAAUCGCCUUCGAGAUCGAGUGGCAGAGUUUGAGGACCAGUAUAACAGCAGCAAUCACAGUAUGCUUCAUAAACAGAUACUGGACAACAACCCUGACCCAACUAAAGAGAGUUUAUAUGACUACUUUGCCCAGAUCCUGGUGCAGCAUGGCCCUCUGGGGGCUCAGGACCCCCUACUGGUGGGCCUGCUGGACAGCUUCCCCCCCGAGGCCCAGCAGAAGAUCCAGGAGGCCGGGGGCCUCCAGCCCUUUCUCCUCAGCUCACUGCGCUUUGUCAUGAACGGCGACCUCAUCGGUCUGAUGAAGCAUGCCGUAACCCUGCAGUACACCGCCACCGCACAUCAACAACUCAACCACCUGGACUACAUAGGAGACCCCUCGUACAGGCUGGACUUAAACCCUUCAGCCGGGGAAUUUCACCCCUGUAGUGGGGAUAUGGGAAUGGAUGAUUUUAGCGAGUCUCUCAGCUUUGGCAAAGGGAUGACGGCCCCAGUGAGGCAUGAGCCAUUUUUGACAGGCUAUCACCGGCCUCCUUAUAAUCCUCAUAUAUUUGACCCUUUUCCACCUCAGCCUAACCCAUAUGUCAGCAGUUUAGCAGGUGUGUUCAGUACCCAAGGAGUAGAUGAAGCUAUGCUUUAUGUUGGGACUAAUGCCUGUACAGAAGGUCAUGAACAGUACAGUGUCAGUGACUGUGGGAAUUUGGACCAGUUUGAAACCCUCAUCUCUUCUGGAAGUACAUCGUUGUCUGUUAAAACUGCAGCUGUACAGGCAACCUGUGACUCCAACAAUGAUGUGGCAGUCAAUACAGAGCCAUAUGAGCCUUUUGAAAUAAAUAAUGGGGAGAUGAGCAGGAAGGAGAAGGAUAACACUGAGUUCAAGAAACAAAUCCACCAGAUGACAGAAAACUACAGCUUUGUGAAGCUAAGACGCCAAGAGGAAAUCUCUGGCCUCAAAGAAGAAUACAACAACAUCAACCAAAACAUAAAGAUCUCUAACAGGGAGCUAGCCCUAUUCCAGAAACAGCUGGAGGAGGAGGUGAAGAAAGAUCAGCAGGAGAAGAGGGACAACCAGGAGACCCUGAAGGUCAUGAAGGCUGAAAUGAAGGAGCUGCUGGAGUCCCAGGAGAGUUUAACCAAAGCCAUCAAAGAGAGGAAGAAGGAGUAUGAGACACAACUGGACAGUUUCUUGGAGUUGAGCAACCAAUCAGCAGGUGAGAAGAUGAGCCUUGAGGACGAGAUCAAGAGAUGUAGAGACCUGUGUUCCAGCACUGCCCUGAGAUCUCACACGUCACAGGUUUUCAUCCUGGAAAGCCAGAAGGGCAGAGGGCUGCGCUGCCUGUUUCGAUCAGUGACUGAUGCCAGGGCCAUUCUGGCCAAACUCCAGGAAGUUGCUCCCAGGUACCCUCCCCAUCUGCUUCAGCCUCCCAUUGAGGCCUGGAGCACCUGUUUGCAAGAGUCUGAGGAGAAGAUCUCCACAACGGAGGCUCAGUAUCAGGAGCAGUUGGAGCUGGUGAAGAAGGGGGCCAGGCUGAACACCCUGCCCCCCAUCACAAUCCCAUACACCCCCCAGCCUCCACCCAUACCGUUGCUGCAUCCCACCCAGCAGCUACCUCCCCAUCAGCUGAUCCCACAUCUUUAUUACGGUGGGCCCGUACCCAUCAGGGGACCCAUGUACCCCCAUCAGGGCCCCCCCAGAACGCCUGCUGUCCAGUCUCCGGCUCCUGGGGAGCAGCCGGAUGGAGCUGGAGCUUUAGCCAGCAGCAGCCAGAGCAGGCAGGCCCAGCACCACGCCCAGGCCAGCCUGCCCAACCAGGGACCCUGGCACCAAGCCCCUCAGCCCACUGUGUUUGACAAGAUCCUGGAGCGCCUUGGCAACAUGUUCCCUCAUUUCAGCAGACCGGUUCUGAUGAAGUAUGUCCAGGACACGCGCACAGCCAAUGGAGGGGACCUCAACUUCCUAUCCUACCAGGAAGUCAUCAACCGAGUGGCUCAGCUCAUCCUGGACAAGCAGGAGAGCAGCCGGAGUUGUUUACCUGGCUGUUUACCCUGGAUACCCGUGAAAAGACGCCGCCGGAGGAAAAGGGGGAGACGAGCCAGGACCCUGGUGAAAUUAAGGAAACGACAGCAUGACCUGUAUGAAAUCAUCGAUCGGCAGGAAACUGUACACCCAGAGGCUGCAUUCAUUGUGGCAGGCGACUUCAACAAAGCCAACCUCAGGAAAGUUUUACUGAAGUACCACCAACACGUUAACUUUCCAACUCGAGGUGAAAACAUCCUGGAUCACGCCUACAAAACCCGCCCCCGCCCUGCCUUCGUAAAAUCGGAUCAUUCCUCUGUUCUCCUACUACCAUGCUAUAGGCAGAAGCUGAAACGUGAAAAGCCUGUGAUUCGCUCAAUACAGAGCUGGACAGAGCAGUCAGAUGAGGCACUACGUGACUGUUUUCAAACAACAGACUGGGAAAUGUUUCGGGAUGCCUCUGUUAACAUUUAUGAACACACUCUGUUUAUACCAAUGUAUUCCCAUACAAAAAUAGGAUAAAGAGCGGGAGGGAAUUAAAUUUGUUGGUUCUGAAUACAGGGUUUGUGCAUACAAUUAUUUACAAUGUUACUGGAAAAAUUACUUGUGCUAGUUAGCUUUCAGAAAUUUUAAUUAUUACAAUUAUUAUUCCAGCCGGCAAGACCGGUUACCUAGAGUGCGGGUGGCAUUUCAUCUUUCACUCGGCCCGAAAAAAGUGUAGAAAAAAAUAACCUAUUGUGUGCAGUAGAUAAGAUCAUGUCAGAUCUUUAAAGCGUAUCGGAUUUUUCGGACACUUUGUCAUGACGUUAUACGAAUUACAACUGUGACUUUAGAGAACUACAGCACUGCAUUAAUCUGUCUGACACACCCCCGAGCGUGGUGCACUGUGGGAAGGCGAGCGAUGGCAAGCGAUUCGCGUCACUGCCGUGUGAACGCCCUGUUAGGGUUUAGGGGGGACAUUGGGAUUGGGCCUUAGUAUCAUAAUUCUGUGCACAAAUUUGUGAAAAACUGAUACAUUUAAGUUAAAUAUAAUACUUUAUGUAAUAUAAUUACAUAAAGCCUUUUUUUCGCUCAAAUUCAUGCUAAAUUUUUUUUGCUUGUGCAAGCUCACAUUACUUGUUGAGGUCUCUAUUUACACUUACAUCAAAAAGAUACUAGGACCUAGGUUUGGGCUAAGCCCCUAAUGUUAACAACAUCUGUCUCCGCCCCUGCCCACCACCACAAAUAGAAUCAGAUUCUGUGGGAAACACUGCACACACUCACUCACACACACACUCUGUAACUGGUCAUCUGACUCAUCCAUCAAAUUGAAAUGUCGUCCCUUCCUUUUUUUUGUAUGUUUGGAUACGUACACACACUGCAUUCGGCUUAGCCUCCUGUGUUUUACUAACCCCUCU